GUUGUGUUUCCUUUCCUUUCCUCUUGAUAGAUGAAUGGGAAAAGGCCUGCUCUUUGAUAUUGGAUUUUCGAAGGCCAAGAGGAUGGAUGCCAUUGCAGGAAUGUACUGUUUUGUGGGCGGGACAGUGGGCAAGGACCUGAGGGAAGGAGUCGAGGGAGGCUUCAGAACAGCCCAAGUAGCCAGAUGGCUGGAGGUGUGGAGAGCUAUAAGUGGCGGGGCCGGGGCCUCUGCCUGGGUCUCCAGCCAUGGUCCUCGCAGGGCUGCUGCUGCUGCUCACCCUGCUAGCCGGCGCUCACCUGCUGUGGGGCCGGUGGAAGCUCAGAAACCUCCACCUCCCACCUCUGGUCCCCGGCUUCCUGCACCUGCUGCAGCCCAACCUCCCCAUCCAUCUGCUGAGCCUGACUCAGAAACUCGGGCCUGUCUACAGGCUUCGCCUUGGGCUGCAAGAGGUGGUGGUGCUGAACUCCAAGAGGACCAUCGAGGAGGCUAUGAUCAGGAAGUGGGUGGAUUUUGCCGGCAGACCCCAGAUACCAUCCUACAAGCUGGUGUCUCAGCGCUGCCAGGACAUCUCUCUGGGGGACUAUUCUCUGCUCUGGAAGGCUCACAAGAAACUCACUCGCUCAGCCUUGCUGCUGGGUAUCCGCAGCUCCAUGGAGCCCUGGGUGGAGCAGCUGACCCAGGAGUUCUGCGAGCGCAUGAGAGUCCAAGCUGGUGCCCCCGUGACCAUCCAGAAGGAAUUCUCUCUCCUCACCUGCAGCAUCAUCUGUUACCUCACUUUUGGAGAUAAGGAGGACACCUUAGUACAUGCCUUUCACGACUGUGUUCAGGACUUGAUGAAGACCUGGGACCACUGGUCCAUCCAGAUUUUGGACCUGGUUCCUUUUCUCAGGGUGAGGAGGCGCAGCCCCGACACGCCUGGUCCUAGGAGAAAGGGUGGGGAUGGGGAACAGGCUUCCUUGCCAGCAGCUACACCUUCUUACUCUCUGCCCCAGUUCUUCCCCAACCCUGGGCUCUGGAGGCUGAAGCAGGCCAUAGAGAACAGGGACCACAUGGUGGAGAAGCAGCUGAGGCGCCACAAGGUGGGAAGCGCGCGUGGACCGGGCUCCUCCUCAGCCGGCAGCGGUGACGCUGCUGCCCAGAGCCAGGCAGCUCCUGGGCCAUCCCCGCAGUCCUGGACCUGUCGGCACCGUCUCAACACGCUCCCCAAGCCAGGCACUCAGGCCGGCUCCUCCUCCCCUCCCCAGGAGAGCAUGGUGGCUGGCCAGUGGAGGGAUAUGAUGGACUACAUGCUCCAGGGGGUAGGGAGGCAAAGAGUAGAAGAGGGCCCCGGACAGCUCCUGGAAGGACACGUGCACAUGUCUGUGGUGGACCUUUUCAUCGGGGGCACUGAAACCACGGCGAGCACCCUCUCCUGGGCUGUGGCGUUCCUGCUUCACCACCCUGAGAUUCAGCGCCGCCUUCAGGAGGAGUUGGAUCGUGAGCUGGGCCCCGGAGCCUCGUGCUCCCGAAUCACUUACAAGGACCGCGCUCGGUUGCCUCUGCUCAACGCCACCAUCGCGGAGGUGCUGCGCCUGCGGCCGGUCGUGCCCCUGGCCUUGCCUCACCGCACCACGCGGCCUAGCAGCAUCUUCGGCUACGACAUCCCUGAGGGCAUGGUCGUUAUCCCCAACCUCCAAGGUGCCCACCUGGACGAGACCGUCUGGGAGCAGCCGCACGAGUUUCGGCCGGACCGCUUCCUGGAGCCAGGCGCGAACCCCAGCGCGCUGGCGUUUGGCUGCGGGGCGCGCGUGUGCCUGGGCGAGUCGCUGGCGCGCCUGGAGCUCUUCGUGGUGCUCCUGCGACUGCUGCAGGCCUUCACGCUGCUGCCGCCGCCCGUGGGCGCCCUGCCGUCGCUGCAGCCGGAUCCCUACUGCGGCGUCAACCUCAAGGUCCAGCCUUUCCAGGUGCGGCUGCAGCCCCGGGGGGUGGAGGACGGGGCCUGGGAGAGCGCCAGUGCCCAGUGAUGGGGGAGGAGUUGGGGGGGGGAGGACUCGGCCAGUCACGUGCCUCGGUGUCUCCUUUUAUUGCUCCCAUACAAACCCCUGCCCUCCCCCCUGUAAACAUGGUGCUGUGAGAUCGCGGGUGGAGAAGGCUUCCCCUGGUGGCUGGAUGGUCAAGGUGGCCCCUGGCUCUUCUCUCGGCGCAACCCCUCAGUGCUCGGCAGUCAUGGUGGGGCGCUGGAGGGGUGAGCGGCGGCUCAGCCUCCCCUGCCCGGGGGCCGGUAGCUUCUCGGUCUCAGCUUCAUUUCCGUGAAGGGCACGGAGAAAUCGAAGCCCUUCCAGUAGUACCAGCUCACUCCCUGGGAAGGGGGUUGUUGGGAGAGAGUCAGUGUCUGACAUCCAGCUCCCACCUGCUCUCACCUCUGGGGAGAUGUUUCCAGAAAUCAGCCAUUGUGUUUCCCCUUUUCCUUCUUAAACCCUCAACUGCAAAGGACUGAAGCAGAAUCCUGACCCCUCCCUUGACAUCCAAUAAAUCAUCUCCUCCUC